AAUACUAGAAUUGACUGUGACGAUUGUUUUGCUGUUACAUCUUGUGGAAAACUGAUUCUUCAUUUGAACAAGUUAACUUUUCAAACGCUUGGGCUCGAAGGAAAGUUGUCAUAUUUCCAUAAACGCUCAAAGGAUAAGUAUAACAAUGCCAAAAUAUCGACAAGUGACAUGUCUCCAGACGUUGGCUCUGAGAAGUGUUGGAAAUAUGGUCACAUCCUUAGCUCCUCAAAUAAUAGCAGACAUAAAACUGAUCAGUGACUCCCAAUGUAAACCGGAAUUGCUCCAAAUUAAGUUAGAUUGUGUGAAAGAUCUUCUGGUCUCGCAUGUCCCUUUCUAUUUAAUUGAUAAAAUGGCUGUGGAAGUUUUGAAAGCUGUGAAAUGUUUGAUAGAUGAAACUAAAAAGUGCUACUAUCCUCGUACCAAUAUCGAGAAAUUUUUGAUAGAAAUGAAUGUUGUCGUUAGUUUAACAGAGGUAGUUUUAAAUAGUCGAUUGAGAGAAAUAAGUUUUUCCGAAUGGCCGAAAAUAAUGAGAUACGUCCUUUAUAAAAAUUUAUAUAAAAUGACAGGCCUCGAAGUGUUGAAUUUAGGUUCCUGUAUUGGAGGUUGGCGAACCUCUGAACACGAUGAAUUCAUAUUGCAGGGUAUCAGAAACAUGUCGAACUUGCGUUCGUUGUGUCUAUGUUUCGACUGUACUGAUAUGAUUAUUCAAGUCUUAUGUGAUAAUUGUCCCCACUUGCAGUGCCUUGAUGUUACAUCUUCAAGAUCCGUCACUGAUAGGAGCAUUCAAUGUUUGUUGAAUUCCAAACAGUUAAAAGAACUGCAACUUCAUCAUACUUCUAUAACGACGGAAGGCCUGGCUCAUCUCCUGAAGGGCCUUCCUAAGAUCCAAGAAAUUGGAAAAUGCGAUGAAUUUGGAGAUGUUGUGAAGUUUUUGUAUCAUAGUUUGAACGCAACUGGUCCUUUCGCCUUAAAAAGGAUUCAGACUAGAGAUUUGUCUACUGAAAAUUUGAGGCUGUUUGUCGAUAUGUUUCCUAACAUCGAGUGCAUAAGUUUGUUUUAUCUUACAAGUCAGGUGGCUGAUUUUACGGUGUUUUCCUCUCUGGAUCACCUUAAAGAACUGAAGCUGUUAUCAUGCGCUUUUUAUGGGGAUUAUUUAAAGCAGCUGCUAGAGGUCAAAGGUACUAAUAUCGAGAAUUUACAUUUGGAACAUGUUGAAGAAAUUGAUUAUGACGUUUUGGUGCACAUCAGUAGAUUUUGUCCGUUUUUAAAAAGUUUGGUUAUUUAUAACUGCGAUUUUCUUUCGAAUAACAUUCUACCUUUACCCAAUCCUCACACUCCACCUUUUCAACAUUUAGAGAGAUUAUUCUGGAUGGUAGAUGGUGCUCUUCCACAUCUGGAGUACAUACUUUCAAAUGCAUCUCGCAUAAAAAAUAUCCACUUGGGAUCUUCAACGGGUAUCAAUCAUUCGUCCAUGGUUAGGACAUUGAAAAAAAAUCCUAUGACUAGUUUGGAAGAACUUAGAAUACUGUUUAGCAGUGAUAUGAACAUGAAAACAGUAGAUUUGUUACUGUCCAGCUGUAAGAAUUUGAAAGUGCUGUCAGAGCUUGAAAGCUGGCAAGGCAUAUCUCUUGCCGAAUUGAGGGCUUUCCGAAAUCAUAUCAUCAAAAAAAAUUUCGAUAUAGAUAUACGACCAACUCUAUCUUAUUACUCAUAUCAAUAACUCCAACUGGAAUAUAUAUUCGGGCGAUAGCUGGCCUACAAUUCCAUUUGAAAAUGCUAAAUUUUGGAUAUUUGGAAUAUACCAUCCAAAUGUUUUUUAUUGGUGCUCAAUGUUUUUCAUUUUGUUUAUUUGUACUCAAUGUAGUGAGAAAGUUUUCAUUGGUGUGCAAAUUGAUAUAAAUUUAAUAGCUUUGUGUUGUGAAAUUUGUUUUCUGUGGAAUAAAAGUUAUUUUAUUGAA